AGGAAGGGGAUGGGGUGCGAGGACGGUAACGCCAUUUUCGCAAAGCCUUAUUAGACCUACCUAACUGAGAUAUUAGCGCUAGUUCACUUAAAUUAAAUGUUGGCUAUUUAACUUGAAAUAUCAUUGAUCAUAUGCGAAAAUAUCACAGUUGUUUUGCAAUUUGAGAUGGUGCAGCGAUAAGCAGUCAGAGCCGUGACAGCUAGCUGCCUACACCGCAUAACAUUUGGUUUAGCCACUCCGGUGUUGCUACACAGUAUACAUCUUCCGACGGUCAUUCAGGAACUGAGGAAGAACAUCGCAAGAACGAGAGAAGAGUUUGUAAGAUUAGCUUAGAGAGGUUUAUGGUCUAACCAAAAAGUUAACAUUUGUUAUUUCAAAGAUAUAUUGUACAUCAUUUUCGUGUUUUGGAUCCGAAACUGUAUUAACUCGGACUAACGCCUCGCAGUGGUGUUGGGCUUAGGACAGCGGAUGUCCAACAGGCGACAGAACGGAUGCGUGAGAACAUGUCCACCAUGGUGUGUGUGAAGGCGGAGGAUGACCCUGGGGAGAAGCUGUCCCAGGAUGAGAUUAUCUCCAGGACCAAGCAGGUGAUCCAGGGCCUGGAAGCACUGAAGCAGGAGCACAACUCCAUCCUGGAGGGUUUGCUAGGCACACUGCACUGCAUGAAACAAGAUGACCAGGGGGUCCUAGUGGAGGAGAAGUCCCUCAUGAUCCGCAAGUCCCUGGAGAUGCUGGAGUUGGGCCUGAGCGAGGCACAGGUGAUGAUGGCGCUGUCGGGCCACUUAAGCUCGGUGGAGUCGGAGAAGCAGAAGCUGCGCGCCCAGGUGAGGAGGCUGUGCCAGGAGAACCAGUGGCUGAGGGACGAGCUGGCAGGCACCCAGCAGAAGCUGCAGAAGAGCGAGCAGAGUGUGGCCCAGCUUGAGGAAGAGAAGAAACACCUGGAGUUCAUGAACCAGCUCAAGAAGUAUGAUGAGGACCUGUCACCAUCAGAGGAGAAGGACUCUGACUCCAGUAAAGAGAAUCUGGAUGAUCUAUUCCCUGACGAUCAGGAUGAACAACCACCUGGUAUCCAGCAGCCCCAGAGCAGUGCAGCGGCUGCGGCCCAGCAGGGAGGCUAUGAGAUCCCGGCCCGUCUGAGGACCCUCCACAACCUGGUGAUCCAGUACGCCUCCCAGGGGCGCUACGAGGUGGCCGUGCCCCUUUGCAAACAGGCCCUGGAGGACCUGGAGAAGACCUCCGGCCACGACCACCCUGACGUGGCAACCAUGCUCAACAUCCUGGCCCUGGUCUACAGGGACCAGAACAAAUACAAAGAGGCGGCUAACCUACUGAAUGACGCUCUGGCCAUCAGGGAGAAGACUCUGGGCAGGGACCAUCCAGCAGUGGCUGCUACACUCAACAACCUGGCUGUGCUUUAUGGGAAACGGGGCAAGUACAAGGAGGCAGAGCCACUCUGCAAGCGGGCCCUGGAGAUCCGGGAGAAGGUGUUGGGUAAAGACCACCCUGACGUGGCCAAGCAGCUGAACAACCUGGCCCUGCUGUGUCAGAACCAGGGCAAGUACGAGGAGGUGGAGUACUACUACCAGAGGGCCCUGGAGAUCUACCAGACCCAGUUAGGCCCUGAUGACCCCAAUGUGGCCAAAACCAAGAACAACCUGGCUUCCUGUUACCUGAAGCAGGGGAAGUUCAAGCUGGCUGAAACUCUGUACAAAGAGAUCCUUACCCGCGCACACGAGAGGGAGUUUGGCUCCGUAGACGAUGAGAACAAACCUAUUUGGAUGCAUGCGGAGGAGAGAGAGGAACAGAGCAAGGGAAAGCAGACGGAAGGCUCGUCGUUUGGAGAAUAUGGAGGCUGGUACAAGGCCUGUAAAGUAGACAGCCCCACAGUGACCACCACCCUGAAGAACCUGGGCGCCCUCUACAGGCGGCAGGGCAAACAUGAGGCAGCAGAGACACUAGAGGAGGCAGCCAGGCGCUCCAGAAAACAGGGUCUGGACACGGUGCACAAGCAGCGUGUAGCGGACGUCCUAAGCGAACCAGAGGGCCGGGAGAAGCAGCGGAGCCGCGAGAGCCUGACCUCUGACACCACGGUGAAGUACGAGAGCAGCCCGGACGGGGGCGAGGAAGUGAGUAUGAGCGUGGAGUGGAACGGGGAUGGUUCUGGUUCUCUGAAGCGGAGCGGUUCCUUCAGCAAACUCCGCGCUUCUAUUCGCCGCAGCAGCGAGAAACUGGUCCGCAAGCUGAAGGGAGCUGGCUCUCGAGAGAGUGAGCCCAAAAACCCUGGCAUGAAGCGAGCCAGCUCACUGGGUGUUCUAAACAUGGCGGACAAGGCUGCUGGAGACCUCUACCAAGUAAGGAGCCCAACUGUGUCUCUACAGCUGUCACAUCCCUCAGUCUUUCCCCCUUUUGUUCAAGGUCUCUCUACCCCUUCACCUCCUCACUCUUCAAUGCCCCCAUCCAUGUGGUCCUCUCAGUGGUCACUAAUGUAAUGUCAUGCUUAUGUGUGGUAACAUCUCAUUGUGUUCACUAAUCUAUAACCACUUGGUCAGAAAUCGAAAUAGUAAUGUGCUAUGUAACUGUAGGAUAUAACACCAUUCAACAGUUUCAAGGCUGCGUUGUUUGAAGAAAACUAAGUGAACGAGAGAUUAUAGUCUGCAACCGGAUGUUCAGUGUAUAACAUGCAUCACUGUACUGUGGGAACAUUCUACAUGAUGGUGAUUCUGGUUCUGCCAACACGUACGGUAAUGGUGUAACUCCAGAAUAUCUUAUGGCCCCCAUCGCUGUCACUGAACUGGAAAUAUAUUGGCAUAAAAUCUCAUUAAUAUUCUAUAACGCAUGUCUCAAAUUACACAACAACCAACAACCAUGAACCUUUUGUGUCCUUAUUCCAUAUUCUAGAAAAACAAUGUAAAUGUGAAAAAUGUUUUGCCUGUGAUGUUCUUUAGUUGAUAUUAUUCUCUUCAGGUCUUCCUAUUCUAAACUAAAUUCCCUUUCUGCUGCCUUCUCUAGGAGCGAAAUAAUCAUCUGAGAAAGAGUCGUGACCUGAGUGCCAGUCACACUGACCUGGCACAUUGAAGGUUGGAACUCAGAAUAUCCUGGUGGAGGGGUGGCAGAGGUCAUGGGGCCAGUCUCCACCACUUACCUAUCCAUCUGCCUCUCAAAUAUCACCACGUAUAGCUGAGUGAAACAAUACACCCUCUACGUUAGACCAAGUAGAUCCUACCUAAACCAUACUCAACUGUCCAUCGGCUCACUGUACAGAUAGCAUACUAGUACAUAGGGUUAACAAUCUCUGCACUUAAAUCUUGUCGCUGGUUGUCUUAGACGGUGGUUUCAUAGAAGUUUUUUUUUUUUUAUCUUAAUAUAUAUUUAGCUUAUAUUAGGUAUAAUGAAGUUCAAGUGUAUAAUGUUAAGUGUAAAUAUGUGUGUGUAUCGUAAAAUACCGUCUAUAUUAUUUAGCUGAGUGCGCAUAAGAUACCAUUCAAGGUGUGUGUUGACUUCCUACCUUCCCUACACUGAUCUAAGGAGAAGAGUAGAUCAUUUAGUUGUCACUUGAAUGGAAUAUGUGAGAAGUUCAGCACGUUCUCUGAGAGUUCUUCUCACCCCCUUUAUGUCCACAUGUAUGUAUGUAUGUAUGUAUGUAUGUUUCUAUUGAUGUGCUUGUGUACAUUUUGUUUACAUUUGGGUUGUGUACAUUAUGGUUGAUAUUAUUUCCUACGCUGCUCUAGGGGAAAGUUUUAUUUCUUGGGUUUAGAGGUCUUGAAACUGAUCGUUCUGCCUCCUAGUUUCAUUACAUUUCUGCAAUUGGAAAGACUGCUUCCAUGUAUAUGAAGUUACGAGACAGGAUUUUUGUGUUGGCACAUGAAGUAUAUCCGAUUGAUUUCUCAGGAUUGUCAAAGAACAGACGACAGCUAGCAAUGCUAGUUUUGAUAUACACUGACUGCACUAGAUAAUUAACAAAAUAACCUGUUACAAUCAAAUGCAAUUUCCAGUAAUAGAAAAAUGUUUUUACUUUCUGGAACAAAAACAUUGUUUACAAAUUCGUACCAGUCUGUUACUGUAUAAUAAGUGAUAAGUGUAAAACUAUGAAUGAAAAGUGAAAUUAAGCUUAAAAGACUUGGACUUUAUUAGAUUGAAUAUCCAACACAAACAGUGAACCACAUUUUCCAGGUAAUCAAUAAUAGGACAAUUUUUUUUGCUGGCACCAGAUUAAAACAUUGUUGCUUUUAAAAUGUUUAAAUUAGUGGUUGGAAAUGUUUAUGGAGUGUGUCUUGCAGCAGGUCCACAGACAUGACCCCACAGAUCCCUGAUAUCCCUGGUUUAGGUUUCUUGUUGUGUGCAGUGUGUUAAUGUUCAUUCUUGAAGAAUAUAACAAUUAAAUGCUUAAUGAGCAUAGCUCAACUUUCAUACCGCAUCAAAAGUUUAAAUACAAGCUUAUUUUACUACUACGUUUAAGGUGUUAACAAACACUAUACCAUUGAAAGUGUAAUAUAUAUGUUUUCAUAGGUCAGUGCUUGCAUCUGUAGCUCUAGGAAUUAGAGUGUUCAUACUUUCCAUCUUUUCACUAAAACACAGGCUUGGUGGCUGCUGUGUUAUUGUCUCAAUUAAAGAUUCUACCUUGAAAUGGAAAAACAUUACACCAAGGAACAGGCCCAACUUUAAUAAUAAGCAAGACCUCAAAAGUGGAGUUAGCCACAGAUUAGUGAGACUGACUCCCUGAAAUGCUUUGUGAACUUUUAGUAAGGUUGUGCUAGUUUCCUGUACAUUAUAAUGCAGUUUGCUAAAAAGAAGUGGCUCAUGCUAAAUCAAACAUACAAACAAGCAUAUGAAUAAUUUGAAUGACUAGAUUAACCUUACGUUACAGAUUAGAUCAUUCUCCUAUAAAAUUGUAGUAACGUGUGCUUGUCAGGACUGAGUACAAAAUGAUUUGACUCACGCACUUGUAGCCUUAUGUUUGAAGUUUCUGUUUGACUGUUGAUCAGUUUGUCAAUUGUGAACUUGUUUUAUGUGUUCCCCAUUUUAUUUUUGCUCAGCUUAAUAUGGAAAUGAAUCAGUGUCCAGUGGAUUAAAAUGGCACAUACAUUCACAUAACUAGACACGAUUUAUCCAGGACAAAAAACAUUAUACGGAUUGGUUUGAGGAUGUGUUCUGUUCUUUUUUUUCUUCAUUUUUUUUUUUUACUGAAAUUAUGAAAUCCCUCUAAUAUUCCAGCCCUUUAAUUCAAAUUAUACAACAGUCAUUUUGUUUUCAAUGAUGGCGAUUAAGUGAAUCUAUGAAUCGUGUUCCUGUGUUAGCUCAAAAGCCAGUGUGCUUAAUGUUCUGAAACUAAUUAGAAGAGCAGUGGUACUCUAGUCACUGUUGAAGUGGUGCACGGAUUCUUAUGGAGGAAACCACUGAUACGUGUUAAACUGCUAUUGUGUAUAACGGUCAAUGCUUCCAUUUUGUUCCUUUGUUUUAGUAAGUGCACUUUUUUUGGUUAGGGUUCAGGCCACAUGUGUUUGUUUGAGGAGUCCAAUAGGAUCACAAUUGGUAACUACACAAACUCCCAGCCCCUCUUCCCAAGCUGCCUGCUGUGCUGGCUGAAUCUCCCUUUUUGUCUGAACUGUGGUGAAGCGUUUGUCCUACAAAGAGAUAUUGUAUGGUAUAAAUAAAAUUAUACAUGUUUAUUCA